GAACCAGUGGAAGGCUCGAUAGGGAUACCGUUGUUUUAUUUCAAGCUUCGACGUACUGUACAGUGGACAACUCAGGAUUGGGCCAUACCAGCCAGGUCUUGCUUUUCUGCGUUCUACUUAAGUUAUAAUUAGGCUUCUGUGCGACGUAAAACUCUCUUAUUAGCACUUGAUCUAUACGCCUAUCACUUCUGUCCAUUCACCUUGAUAAACCUCCGAGGGAAAAGAUGGUUUAUAUUCUGAACCAUAUUCCACCUGCAGUGAUUUGAAAUUCGAUUUGCGAUCGUAUAUAAGAGAAGCAACGUCACCCAAAAGUUCCUGACCAACAGUCCAUCACUCCAUCUCGUGCUUGUUCGUUUAUCAGAGCUGCCGUCAUUAGCUACCCCGCUACCCCGCCCUGCUGAACAAGGUUGACCAGCAAACAAACGUUCAUUUGCGAGACGGCGUGAUAAUCGACAACACAGAAUAUCCCGACCUAAACGAUCUGAACAAGUCAUAACACAAAAGUCUCGAGAUAGACUCCUGCCCCCCCAAAAAGCUCGCCUCCCUCGUCCCUAUUCUCUCACAGCUUACCCAUCAUGGCUCCUGGUGGUCCCCCUGGAGGAGGCUCGCGUGGCCGAGGAGGAAAGUUUCGAAAGCCCGCACGAGGAGGUGGUAAGAAGUUUUCUCGCGAUAUCCGACCUCUCGAUGCCGACGGAAACGAGGUUAGCAUGUGGGCUGUCGACCCAAACAAGAAGGACGACGACAGCGAUGAAGAAGAGUCUUCCGAAGAGGAAUCUUCCGAAGAGGAAGAGGACAGCGAGGAUGACUCUGGUGCUGGCCCUUCCCAGGAACAAACCCAAGAGCAGUCACGCGAGGCUCGAAAGGCCGAGAAGAAGGCUCGAAAGGAGGCUGCCAUAGCCAGACAGAAGGCCAAGACAGUCGAAGUUGGCGAUCUGCCAUCAAGCGAUGAGGACGAGAGCGAAAGCGAAGAGGAUGACGAUAUGCCUGCAAACCCCAAUCACUCCAAGAAGGCCCGCAAACAAGCGGCGUCCUCUGGUGUCGACGAGAUCACAGAUGGUGUCGAGAAUCUGCAAGCAGCACCAAGCCGACGUGAGCGUGAAGCUCUUGAGGCUGCAGCUGCUAAGGAGAGACACAUGCGCUUGACAGCUCAAGGCAAGACGGAUGAGUCUCGGGCCGAUCUGGAGCGUCUCAAGGAGAUCCGCGAGCGACGUGCUCUUGACGCCGCGCGGAGACAAGCGGAGCGCGAAGAAAGAGAGGAGCAAGAAAAGGUCAAGAAGGCCGAGUUCGAGGCAAAGGAGGCCCGUCGACGAGAAGCUGCCGCUGGAAAGAAGGGCAAGAAGAAAUAAAGGGCACUAAGAGCAUGACAUACGAAUUCUCAUGAAAGCAUAUGAUUUGGCUAUUGCUCAGGUAUUAUCUAGACUCAAAUUGUUCAAUAAUUUGAACAGAAAGGCGUAAAGUGAAACAAGUCUAAACCUGGUUUUCUAGCCCAUGUUCCAAGUUUCUCACAUGAGGUCUUAAGAACGACCUACCAGCUGCAAUCUGUGAAUCUCAUCAUAGCAUGGAAA